GCUGCUCUGUGAUAGCAAAACCAAUAAAUGAGACUGUCAGGUGGAGAAAUACAAAUUUCUACAAUACACUGUAGUUUCCUUCAGAACUGACACUUCUGGAUUUUCAUUACUGGCCCAGAAGUGUUUAGUCUUGAUGAGGAUGAAGACAAACCACAGCAAAAAAAAUCCUGAGUGGAUGAUGGGAGUCACAGGCUGUGAAAAUUCCAUCCUUGGAGAUGUUCUCAGCUCAGCUGGAUGUAGGACCCAGCACAACAGGGCCUAAAUUUGGCAUUGGACCUGAAUUUGAACUUGGCCCUGCUUUGAGCAGAGCAUUAGACCAGAUGAUAUCAAGAGGUACCUUCCCACAGAAAGGGUUUAAGAAGGCUAAGAUUGUUUAGAGGAAAAAUAAAGGGUUUGUACAUAUAAAUAUAUAUAUAUAUAUAUACACACUUCUUAUAUCUCAUCAUACACUUGUACUCAGGUCAAAAUCCCUGUGUAAGUCGGAGCUCUCCAUGGCAGGUUUUAAAUUGACAACUGUAGUGGGUGGAUUUGGGGAAGAGGCUUUAUAUUCCAAAUAACAAAUAGAACCAAUUUCUGCCUUAAAUACAGCACCAAUAUGACUUCACAGAGCAACUUUAGAUGCUAAUCUGAUGUAGAAUAACCCAACCAUCUACACAUACACACAAUUUUUAAGGCAACAACUGAUUUUCCUUCCUCCUCUCCUGCUUUAAGCUGCACUACAACUGCAAACUUUAUAGGAUAGAAUUAUUCUGGAGGCAUUAGUAGUAAAAUCAAGCCGUCCAUGAGAUAUGUGGGCAGGUAAAUGCCAGAGGUAGUUAAGCUUAAAAAUAAAGCAAACUGAAGAAACACCGUUGUUAUACAGAUUUAAAAGAAAGUGCAUAAAAGAAAGUAGUACUUAAAAAACAGAGUUGGGCAGAAGAAAAGAAGCUGAGGAGCUGGUAUAUAUCAGCACUGCCAUUCAGGUCUGCACCUAAGUAAAUAACUACUGUAUUCCUCAUCUCACGCUCUCAGCUGCACCUCCCUGCUCUAAUCAAUGCUUUUAAAAAGAUUUUACAGAAAUUACUGUUGUCCAUUUAAUAUGGGUGACCAUCCAAUAAUUUAACAAAGAAAGGCUUUGAACUACAAAUGAGUGGUGGGACUGAGAUGCUGCCAUGUGCACUGCAGGGAUUGUUUCCAUCAGUCCUGUUGCCUCAAAAUGAAAGACUUGGGAAACAAAUAUUUCUAUUCCUUUCCAAAUAGAAUGACCAAUAGAUUGUUUUCCUGCUUGGAGCUUCUAAAUCUCUCUUUGUAUGUAUGGACUUUUUCUAUCUGAGGAGCUUUGUCUGGUUUCCUUUCCGGGUCACACAUCACCACUGCUUUCAAAGCCUCUCUUCGCAUACACAAAGCUCAUGCUCCUACCACGUCCCCUCUGUUUUCUGCAGCAUCAGAUGGUGCGAGUCUUCUGUUUUGGGUGGCAACUUGUGUUGUUUCUAGCGGAUGUAAUUUAUAAAGAAGGUGUGGAAUUGCUCCUUCUCUUCUGCUUGAAGAGUGCUCCGUCCUUCUGCUGGACAUAACCAGCUAUGGAACUUCUGCACUGUGUACAACACUGCCUUGGUGACAGCCAUUAAAUUCUUCCAGUGGAGCUUUUCUCUUUCUCACUUCCUUUUCUUUACACACAAAUUAAAAAAAUCCUGAAGAACAUUUGUUUAAAACUGUUCCAGACUCUCAAAUGUGUCUCUAAACACAAAUGUAAACUUUUCCCAGAGAGCUUUUAACGUGCCACCGCUGGUACAACAUUCUGGUAUUGCCACAUCUUGUAAAAUUCCAUCUAGAAUUGCACAGUUUCGUCAGGACUGGCUGAUUUCUGCUUUAAUUUUCACUUACCUCCAAAUCUAUGUAAAAUAGUGCAAGUUAGUGCCGUCAGCCUGGUGGAAUUUGCAGUGAGUAGCUGAAGUGAUGAAGCCGCUGGCAGCUUGCAGCAUGACUGGCUUUUUGAGAGUGAAGGAAGCCUGCUUGUAUUCCCACAAAGAAAUCCAAGUUCCCUACUUUUGAAGCACUCAGUCCCUUUAAUUACAAUUUCUGCAAAGGAAGUGUUUUACCUGUGUCUAGAACCAACCAGCAGAGGUUGCCAUUGAUUUUUCCUGUUACCUACUCAGCAGAGCCUGGAUUUCUUGUACCAGAGCUGAAAUAUUUGGCUGCCACGAGGGCUUGUUGUCAGAGUUGGGCGCUCUAGGCACACACAGCGGGCACCAGCUGGGGCUGACCUGGGAACAAGGUGACUCAGUGGUCGCUGUGACAUCUGGGAGCUUUAGUAGUUCCCAGUCCUCAAAUCUGUAUGGAGCAGGAUGCAGGAUGCACUGAGCAUCCUGUGGUCCACUUUAUGUCACGCUUUACCUUUGCUUAGCUGAUGUGCCCUUGUGCCUUUGGGGCUUUCUAAUGUCCAUUUUAAGGUGUUCUGGCCCUUUAUGUCCCUGGUGCCAACGAGCCAGCCCGGGGAGGGGGUGGAGAAGUCCGGGUUCCUGCCAUGCCUGUGCUCACCGUUGUUGUUCUCCUCCUCCCUCACAAGAGUGAAAAGAGGAGGAAUAAAAAUUGCUCCCUGUUAUUCUGCCCAUGGUAUGGGUAGCUCGGGCUUAACGCUGUGCUCGGGGGCUAAAUUUAGUCAUUAAGUCUAUUGUUUCAGCCAUUUGCCAUUCUGAGGUAUCAGAGCAAGUUUAAUAUUUAUUAAAUCCUCCGAUGGAAGACUUUGGAGUGAUCACACACCCUUACUGCAAACCACUCUUACAUUGCUGCAGUUUGUGCUGCCUCACAUUGCUACAGACUUGUCAUUCAGCCUUGAAUAUUCGCUCCAGGCAGUACUCGAAAUACAAGAUGUUAACCCAGGAGCAGCUUAUUAAAAUUUUGCCUGUGGUUUGCCUGGGAACUGAAAGGAUUUAAAUCAUUGUAGUUUCUAAUGACUUAGUUGGUUAAAGCCUCCAGUACCAUCCCUGACACAUCUUUUGCUGAUCGAUAGCCCAAAAUGCUGUUCUGUGGUUGGUAUUUUGGUACCUUAAGCUGCUGUUUCAGUGUCUAAGGAUGCACGGCGUGGCUGUGUGAGGUAACUUUGAUGGUUGUACUUCUGUGACUGGGUUUAUUUUUGGAAAGCACGAAGUAAACAAAAGUUGAGUCCUUAAUCAGGGAAUAGCAGCAUCCGUUUGCAGGAGUAGAGAGCUCAGUUAAUUGGGUUAAGUUUGGAAAGUAAUGUGCUACUCACAAGUAUUUGUAUUUAAACUGAUGUUGAAGCAAUUAGAGAUUGGUACGGUAUUGAAACCAGGAGCAGAUGAGUUUUAUAAUCUAUAUAUUGAGGAUGGAAGUAAUUAAUUAGGGGAAGUAAUUAAAAAGGGGGGAGGGGCUGUAACUGUCUUUUAAGCAAGACUAGAAAAUUUGUGUCUAACCAGGGCAGGUAUUUCGCCAAGCAAAAUUGUAACACCUUUGCCGAGGUAUUAAACCUCCGCAGGUGACGCCUGAAAAGUGCACCCCGUGGCUCCCGGAGCGGAGCCCCUCGGCUGCCCCGGCUCGGUGCGGCGGGCUCCGCUCCGCUCCCUCCUCCCCGCCGCCCUUCCCGGUGCCAGCGGCGGCGCCAUUGGAUGUACCGGGAGCAGGGGAGCGGCAGGCACCGCUCCAGCGCCGGCGGGCUGCGGCGGCGGGAGAAGGAGGAGGAGGAGCAGGAACAGGAGCCGGGAGCGGGCUCAGGUGCAGGCACCGCUCGCACGGGGGAAGCAGCGCCAACCGCUCCAGCCGCACCGCGCUGACAGAACUCCCCGGCAGAGGAUGCGUGUAGACAAAGGGAGUGAAUAGCCGGAAAUAUUCUGGGAUGUUAUAAAACCUAAAAGGACUUUACAGCGUGGUGAUACAAAACAGGAAAUGAACUCCAAAAAGAACGCUUUCUCUCAAAGUACUGCGACAGAAUUGAACACUGAGCUCUUCUGGUGUCUGAAAUUCCUCCCGGAGACACGGCAAGGACUAUUAAAAUCAUCCGAGAGAUCCCGGUACUUUUAAAGGGACUUAAAACAAAUGCCAGCGUAAUAUCUGAAUGACCUUGGAGAUUAUUUCAUGUGGAUUCAUUAAUUUUCACUGCCAGUCUUCUAGUCUCAGGAACUCUAGGAUUAAAGAUGUUUUUAACGUUUUAGGGGCCUUUCAAAAAACAAGAUUGUAUACAUUUAAGUACCUGCCUAAUGGUUCCUGAACUAAUCAAGCAUUUACUUAGGACUGAACACAGAAGAUCCUUUCUUUUAACAUUUUCUCUCUCCAUAAUUUUGACUAAAAUGAACAAGGUAAUCUCCUGCAAUUAGAAGAGCAUUUCUUUUAAAGCAAUUAUUUAUUAUGCCGAUCAUCUAAUAAUUACAGAAACCCUAAACCCCUGAGAAGAUGAAGCUGAAUAACAGAAUAAUGGAGUAGUAAACAAUGGCAGCUUUUCUAGUCAAAUCAGCAUUUCAUUAGCUUCCCAGCAGAAUGCAGAUGGAAGUUUCUGAGCUCGUUGUGUGGGGGUUUGUGAAAUGAUUCAGGUGUUGCUACAGAGCCAAGGUGUGCCAGAGGUGAUGCACUGAUGCUGAGGAGGCAUCAACAGCUAUGGGACUGUAAUCCCCUCCCAUGUAAGCACUGGCAGUGUCUGCAAAGAGAGAUCUGGAGUCGCUGGAGCAGAGUUUAGCUGCUGUUCAGCAGGUCACCUGCUCACUCAGGCUCAGAUUGCAGUGUUCCCUAAGCACAAAGCAUGAACCAGUCCCGAUGGAUUGAAUGGAGGACUCUGAAUAUGAGCAGUAGUGUUAUGAACAUAUCUGAGCACCUCUCCUGCCCUCUUGGAUUUGGUCACUACAAUGCAGUUGACGUCUGUAUCCUUGAGACAGUCGUUAUUGUCUUGCUCACAUUUUUAAUCAUUGCGGGUAACUUAACUGUGAUAUUUGUUUUCCACUGUGCUCCACUCCUGCAUCAUUACACCACCAGCUAUUUUAUUCAGACCAUGGCCUAUGCUGAUCUUUUUGUUGGAGUCAGCUGCUUGGUUCCUACUCUGUCACUGCUCCACUACCCGACAGGUGUCCAUGAGUCCCUGACUUGUCAAGUUUUUGGAUAUAUCAUCUCUGUGCUCAAAAGCGUGUCUAUGGCAUGUCUGGCUUGCAUCAGUGUGGAUCGCUAUCUCGCUAUAACAAAGCCUCUCUCCUAUAACCAACUGGUCACCCCUUGUCGCUUGAGAAUCUGCAUUAGUUUGAUCUGGAUAUACUCUUGCCUGAUCUUCUUGCCUUCCUUUUUUGGUUGGGGAAAACCUGGUUACCAUGGAGAUAUUUUUGAAUGGUGUGCUACCUCCUGGCUAACUAAUGCCUAUUUCACUGGCUUUAUCGUGUGCUUACUCUACGCUCCUGCUGCCUUUGUCAUCUGCUUCACCUACUUCCACAUCUUUAAGAUCUGCCGGCAGCACACCAAAGAGAUAAACGAUCGGAGAGCUCGCUUUCCGAGCCACGAAGUGGAUGCUACUGGGGACACUGGGCACAGCCCCGACCGCCGCUAUGCCAUGGUUUUGUUUCGGAUAACCAGCGUGUUCUACGUGCUGUGGCUCCCCUAUAUCAUAUACUUCCUGCUGGAGAGCUCGAGGGUGUUGGAGAACCCCGCACUCUCCUUCCUAACGACAUGGCUUGCUAUAAGCAAUAGUUUCUGCAACUGUGUGAUUUAUAGCCUCUCCAACAGCGUUUUCAGGCUGGGACUGCGGAGACUGUCGGAGACAAUAUGUUCAUCUUGCACGUGUUUGAAAGACAGGGAUGUGCGGGACCCUAAGCCGAGGAAACGGGCUAACUCCUGCUCCAUUUAGAGACAACGGGCGCAUGUAAUCAAAUGCAGAGUUUCAAUAGUAUCUGCUGUGUCUGGAAACUGGCCAGAGAGAAAUGUUUACUUGAACAGCUUGCCGUGGUGUUAGAGGGAGUUUACAAGGGAUUGUGGAAAAGGAAAAGGCUGCUGUGAGAGGGGUCACUGGACUCUGGGGGAAUUGUGAGGAGAGCAGUUCCACAGAGACGAUGAAGAAAGUCAGGACUAAAAACCUUUCAAAGGGCAUGAAGUAACUACCAGUAACUAUCAGAGGAGGUUCCUCAUAAAAUAAAUAACUUAGUUACUACCUUAUGUUUUACCCCUUGUAGACAAGCUGUCGUACUAUCUUUAUGUCAGAAUAUACUGUAGCCUUCUGAAUCUCAAUAUAUUUAAGAGGAAGCAAUCAACAUCACAGUAAGCAGCUAUCCAUAAACUAUAUACCUGAGGACUGUAGUAGAUACUGCAGGUUAAUAAUCAGCUCUGUCUCUGCUCACAUCCUGUACAAUUUUCAGUUGUACAAUGCAUAAACCCUACCCUGGGCAUGAUGCUUUGGAAUUAACUGGCAGGUUUUGGUACCACUGUCAGAGGAGCUCUCCCUCUCCUUCUCAUUUCCCCUCUUUUCCUCCAUGCUCUGCAUCCCUAGAUUCCAUUGCGUCCAGGGGGAGUUUAGUUUGAGGGCACCUACGAGGUAAACUGAGUUUCAGACCAUUAUUCCUGCAGAAAGCACAAGCCCUUCCUGGCUGGCUGAGUGACUGCAGCUGCCUGUGUCCAAGGACUCCUUCAGUCGAUCCCGUUAAAUCAGCACACGGUAUCCAUGUGGUGUCCUUAAGGGUGUACUAAAGCUUUUCCUUAUUGGCUCCACAGACACUCCUAAUGCAGAGAUGAUAAUGGCACAUAGCAGUGUGUCAGCACUGCUUGGAGAAUUCAAACUAACCAGCCCUUCUCUUUGGGAAGUCUAAAUUGCUCACUGUUGUAGCUGUCAGUCCGUCGUGUGAACCUCACUUGCACAUACUGUACUUAUUAUUUUUUUUUAAGGGAAAACGUAAAUUGUAGUCUGUGCCUAAUGUUUUCCUAGCACAUGGAAUAGGUCAAUGCUACAGGGUUAAAAAAAACUUACACUUGCUUUAAGAGAAACACUUCUGUGCCGUUGUUGAAUAGCUGUUUGUUAGACAAGUGUUCUCAGAGGAGGUGAACAAGACAGUUUAGUGUUAAUUACAGGCCAAGAGCUUCAGUAUUUCCUUUUGUACUGAACUGACUUUCAGGUCCACUGAUGAAAUCUUUCUGAUUUUGCAAGGGCGCACAUUAGGUUUGUGUAAUAAGUUGCCAGGGGUUCAGAUGCAUGCCAGUCAAUACAAUAUUUAAAUUAUGAUUUUGAGCCAAAUGUAAUUUUCUUGGAUGGUUAUUGGCUUUUAAAAAGGGCCCAAUUAUUGAUUAUUGGUGCCUUUUAACACUGCACUAUUAUUCCUUCUUUCACCAAAAUGCAUAUGUAAAGAUUGUGCCUAUUACUUUUUGUAAUGGAAGCUGACCACCUGUGCACACUUGUGGUUUGACUCUAGAGCUCCCUUAAUUCUGUACUCUUUGUUCUGUUGAGGUGGUUCUGAACCCCUGUACGUUUUUUUUAAACCUGUAAGAAAGUUGAAACAAUGGAAUAAAGUAGUAUUAUGUCUAUCAAA